UAGGUGCCUGGAGGUUGCCAUGAGCUCGGAAGCCAUGAGGAUCCCCAGCAAAGGACGUUUCCUGGGUGGAAUUCAAGUAAAAAAUGAAAAGAAUAAAUCAUCUUUGAAAACUGAUAACAGACCAGAAAAAUCCAAAUAUAAACCACUUUGGGGAAAAAUAUUUUACUUUGACUUACCUUCUAUCACCAUAUCUGAAAAACUACAAAAAGACAUAAAGGAUCUGGGAGGGCGAGUGGAAGAAUUUCUCAGCAAAGAUAUCAGCUAUCUUAUUUCAAAUAAAAAGGAAGCUAAAUUUGCACAAACACUGUGUCGAAUUUCUCCUGUUCCAAGUCCAGAAUCUGCAUAUACUGCAGAAGCUACCUCACCUCAUCCCAGCCAUGAUGGAAGUUCGUUUAAGUCUCCAGAAACAGUAUGUUUAAGCCGAGGAAGAUUAUUAGUUGAAAAAGCUAUCAAGGAUCAUGAUCUCAUUCCUGCAAAUAGUAUAUUGUCAAAUGCCUUAUCAUGGGGAGUAAAAAUUCUUCAUAUUGAUGGGUCUCACACUAACUGGUUGAGGCUAACCUGGAGCGGAACUCCGUCUGUAGCCAGACUGGGCAAAAAACUUGGUGUUGGAACACAAAAAGUAAGAACAGGAAGAGUCAAAAAGCAUUUUGUAAAGGUUGAAGAUAUGAGCCAAUUUUAUAGGCCAUUUUACCUUCAGCUGGCCAAUAUGCCUUUUAUAAACUAUUCUACCCAGAAGCCCUGCAGUCCAUCCAGCAUCCAAAAGCAAACUCAGACCAAACUAAGAAUUCAUACAGAUGGUGAUAAGUGUGGUGGAGGUCCUAUUCAUAUCCAGUUAAAAGAAAAGAAAAAGAAAGGAUAUUGUGAAUGUUGCUUACAGAAAUAUGAAGAUCUGGACACGCAACUUCUUAGUGAACAACACCGAAAAUUUGCACAGAGUAACCAGUAUCAGAUCGUUGAUGAUAUUAUAUCUAAGUUAGUUUUUGAUUUCAUAGAAUAUGAAAGAGACACACCUAAAAAGAAAAGAAUAAAAUAUAGUAUUGGACCCCUUUCUUCUCUUUCCGGAAAAAGUGUUCUGAAAAAGAAUGAAUCCAAAGAAGUGCUAGAUUUGCAUCCUAUUUCCCAGGCAGGCAUCAGGGAAAACAGUGGACAGGUGAUCAGACAGAAUAUCCUAUAUGAAGAAACCAAAGAGCCUGAACAGACACAUGUGUUUCUUUCAGAACCUACCUACCCUUCAACGGGAUUGAGAGGACUUGAUGAGAAGACAAUUAGUGAAGGCUCAAUGUUAAAUGCAGCUGAACACAACAUAAAGCAGAAUUUUACACAGCUACCUCCACAUACCAAUAAACAGGAAUGUAGUCUUGAUAUUUCUGAACAUAAAUUAGUUAUAAAUGAAAAUGGAUUAGAAGAACUAAGGGUAGAUGACUGUCAGAGUAUGCUGCAGACAUAUGUAAAAGUUUCUUACUUCAAUAUAGAUAAUAAUACAACACAACCAAAAUUCAAGUUGAAUCCUGUACAGUUCUCGACAAAAGAUGUGAUGGAACAGGACCUUCAUUCAAUAUUUGGUCAUGAUUCUGACAUGAUGACAAUAAAAACCUCAAAGGAACACCUAACCACAGAGGCAAAUACUGCAUCUUGUAGUUCUCAGGAUCCCAAUGAAUGUGACAAGAACAUGGACAAAUUGCCUUCUGGUAAAAUCCAUAGGACAGUGAAAGUAUUAUUAGGACAAAAUAAAACAAAUGUAGAACCAAAUGUUGAAUUAGAUAAGAAAAUAACUGAAUUUCUUACUGUGCAAGAAGACAGCACUUGUAGUUCACCAAUACAGUCUCUACUGGACUUAUUUCAGACUAGUGGAGAUAAAUCUGAAUUUUUGGGUUUCACAAGCUAUACUGAAAACAGUGGUAUAUGUGCUGUUUUAGAUAUCUGGGAAAAAGAAAGUUCAAAUGAUCUGUUGUCCACAUUUUUCUCUUCCCCCUCAACUUCUACAUUUGUUGGCUUUUAAUCUCCUUUUCAAAAAUGAU